ACUGACCGACCGCUCGCCCCCGUGUCCCCACAGAUCCUGGGCAAGGCGUACGCCGUCCUAAGCGACGCGGAGCAGCGAGCCCUGUACGACGAACAGGGCACGGUGGACGAGGAGGGCGAGGCGCUGAGGGGCGAGCGGGACUGGCGGGCAACAUAUGUCACCUCUUUCCUUCAGAUCACCGUAAAAGAUAUUGAAGACUUCGAAAAGAGCUAUAAGGAUUCGGAAGAAGAGCUGGCUGAUAUUAAAGCAGCAUACGUGGAUUUUGAGGGGGACAUGGACAGAAUAAUGGAGUCUGUGUUGUGCGUGGACUAUACAGAUGAACCGAGAAUACGGAAAAUCAUAGAAAAAGCCAUCACCUCCGGAGAAGUCCCAUCCUACAAAGGUUUUGUUAAAGAGUCUAAGCAGAAAAUGAUCGCAAGAAAAAGGCGGGCAGAAAAAGAAGCUAGAGAGGCUGAAACAACUAAAGACGAACUGGGCCUUGGUGGAGAAGAUGACUUGAAAGCACUGAUUCAAAGCAGAAAUAAAGAUCGAAAAAAGGAAAUGGAUGACUUUUUGGCCCAACUGGAAGCAAAAUAUGUGAAUAAUGCUAAAAAAGGAGGAAAGAAGACUGCAGCCAAGAAAGGAAAGAAAUAAAGAACUGUGUAGGCUGAAAUAUCAGGUAUCAUCUUGUAUGGGAACAUGUGGAUUUGGGAGAAUUUCAGAGUUUUUCUGGGCUACUGUUUCAGAGCGUGUGUGCAUCAACUUGCUGUGACGGGCAGGUAUGAUACAGAACACAUCAUGUACAAGAAAGACAAAGCAUUCUGGUGCUACCGUUUAAAAUCAUUUGGGUGCUCUUCAGUUAAGAUCAAACAGGUCAUUGACUAAAAGUUUUGUUACAGUAAGGAAGCGGUGUGAUGUUUGGGAUGGCGGCGUGUUUAUUAAACUUGCCUUGA